AUGAAUUGCGGUGACAAUUUGGAAUCAAAUGCUGAUUUUCACAUACAAGAUGAGGCAAAAAGGCUGCUUAAAGAGGUUGAACUGAUGAUGAAGAACGUUGAGAACUCUGAAUUCUAUGCUGGAAUGCGCUUGGAUCUCGAACAGAAUGAGGCAAUCCAAAAACAUUUCUUUCGCCUUUUAGGCUCCCAUUCACAUGUUCAGGUGGUAAUAUAUGGUUUGGGAAGUAUCGAAUACAGUUUCAGUUCACAAUUUCAGCUUGCCGUAGUACUCCUACUAAAACGAGAUUUUUCCAAUUGGAUUGGCAAUAUAGAAAUAUACGAUCCUGUCAUGUCUCCAUCUGACAUCACAGUUUUCAAGGAACUAGGUCUUGAGGUUCUCACCGUUGAUGAAAAUUGUAAGAGGAAAGCUCAGAGACCAACACUGUUCUACAUGCCUAGUCCUUACUAUUAUCUUAUUGGCAACCUAUUGGGAGCAAACUGGUCUUCAUCUUGUCUUAACUAGAUUUUUUUGCUGACAAACUCAUUUCACGAUACCUACAUCAAUCUGCCACUCUG